AUGACCGGAAAACCAGUUUACAAACCUGACGAGAUACGCUUUGCUUUAAGCCUCAUGGAGAAGGAUUUCUACAACGAUGCGAUUUCUAACGCUUUUCGGGAACGAUUCAACCGAACACUGACAGACAACCAGAUUCGAUAUUUGAGGAACAAAUAUGGCAAGGAUCCUGACUAUGGGAAACGAAAGGAACGUCGAUCUGACUCUGGAGCUGGUUCUUCCGCUUCCCCAGGCUCAGAGUACGUUGCGAAUACCGCCCCGAUGUCCCUUUCCACGUAUCUCUCUAACCUUAGAAACAGAGGAUCACCGGCUGAAGCCAAGAGAGCUCGCCAAGGGUCUUUCAAAGCUUCAGCAGGGCCUUCUCAACAACCCCCAUACCAAUUUGGAUCCCUUCCAUCGCAAUCACCAGUCAAAUUUGAAGACAUAAAAUCCCCCAGCCCGUCUUCUGUCCCCUUGUUCCACGCAGCACCAAUGGCUCAGAUGGGAAACCUUCGUUCACCACCGACAAACUCAUAUAGCCUCUUCUCAGGAGCACCAGCUCAGGCUGGCUUGGGGCAUAUGCCUUUAGCUGACUCCUGGCAGACUCAAGCGAGCGCAAACUUCAACGCCAACUUUUCCCCGAUUAACACUCAUUUUGGCCAACACCAAAUCAAGUCAGCAGAGCAGGGAAGUCCUGAGAGCUGUAAAGCUGCACUGUACCAGACACCUCAUCUGUCACCUAACGCCCAGCCUUCAUAUGCCUCUUAUCUGCGACAGCACCCAAUAGCUGGCUCUCACCCGCCAGUCUCAUCUCCGCAACAGACCGUGUUCGUGGGAGGCGGAGUCUAG